CGAGUGAGGCAUGCCGGGAGUUGCAGUCCCGAUCUUGGGAACUACGCCGGGGGAAAGAGGGAGGGUCGGCCGGCUUGGGCUGGGGUCGCGCGGCAUUCCUCGCGUGGGAGCGAGCGAUGCAGAAAUACGAGAAACUGGAGAAGAUCGGAGAGGGCACCUACGGGACCGUCUUCAAAGCCAAGAACCGGGAGACCCACGAAAUCGUGGCACUGAAGCGGGUGCGGCUGGACGACGACGACGAGGGCGUCCCCAGCUCCGCGCUGCGGGAGAUCUGCCUUCUGAAGGAACUCAAACAUAAGAACAUUGUUCGCUUGCAUGAUGUCUUGCACAGCGACAAGAAGCUGACGUUGGUUUUCGAAUUCUGUGACCAAGACCUGAAGAAGUAUUUCGACAGCUGCAAUGGCGAUUUGGACCCGGAGAUUGUGAAGUCCUUCAUGUACCAGCUGCUGAAGGGCCUCGGCUUCUGCCACAGUCGGAACGUCCUCCACCGGGACCUCAAGCCGCAGAACCUCCUCAUCAACCGGAACGGGGAGCUGAAGCUGGCAGACUUCGGGCUGGCGCGGGCCUUUGGCAUCCCGGUGCGCUGUUAUUCGGCGGAGGUGGUGACCCUCUGGUAUCGCCCCCCUGACGUCCUUUUUGGCGCCAAGCUCUACUCCACGUCCAUUGACAUGUGGUCAGCCGGCUGCAUUUUUGCUGAGCUGGCGAACGCGGGGCGCCCCCUCUUCCCGGGCAACGACGUCGACGACCAACUGAAGCGCAUCUUCCGGCUGCUGGGGACCCCCACGGAGGAGCAGUGGCCCGGCAUGACCAAACUCCCCGAUUACAAGCCCUACCCCAUGUAUCCUGCCACGACGUCGCUGGUCAACGUAGUGCCAAAACUGAGUACAACGGGACGGGACCUGCUACAGAACCUGUUGAAAUGCAACCCAGUGCACCGGAUUUCGGCUGAAGACGCCCUACAACAUCCGUAUUUCACUGACUUCUGCCCCCCUUGAUGGUCUGUGGCGGCGGAGGGCUGGGGCGGGGCAUGUGGCACCUUUCCUCCCUCCCUCCUUCCUUCCCAACCCUUCCCAGAGCAGCUGCGGGGGGGGGGGCAAAUCCUUCUGGGGGAGGGGACCAGCCAGGAUCAGAACUUGCUCCCUCUUUGAUGUGAAUAGCUGUGAAUUCUAUAAAAUGCUGCUUUAUUCCUUU